CCUACAGUAAACUUCACAUGGCGUAAGCCAAAGCAAACCCUCCCAUCCGUUGACCGGGCCAUUAGAGGUUGGAUCAGGAAUUCCUGUCUGACACCGUUGCUAGCGAAUGGCUGGACAACAUGGCGGAUCCGCGGGACGUUCAAACUGCCAAGCGAAACGGGAGCGUCGGGUCGUUCUCGUCACCCGGUUCCGCCGUGGCAAUGGAGAUAAAACGGAAGAAAAUACGAAAGAGUUCCUUAUUCGUUGAAACAGAGAAUAAUACCAUACAAGAAAAGCUUGAGUUUGAGAUGCGCAUGCGAGAGGGGGCCUACAAGCUGCUGCUCGCCUGCAGUAAGAGAGAACAGGUUCUGAACGCUUCCAAGAACCUGCUGACCUGCAACGCCAGGAUCAAGGCCUACCUCACUGAGCUGCGGAGGAAAACGGAGCAGCAGGACCUGAUGGAAGCAUUCAGGGGACCUUCAGAUCCAGAUUCAGACAGCCGCAUGCCCUGUAAUGGGACAAUUGCAUUGUCUGGGUUACGUAUUCCUUUGUUGUGGAGAGACUCUGACCACUUCAAUGACAGAGGGAGCUCUCGCCGAGUUGCAGUGUUCUGUCUGAUGCAGAUGGGUUCUCAAGUGUUUGACACAGAGAUGGUGGUGGUGGAUAGAUCAGUCACUGACAUCUGUUUUGAAGGAGUCACUGUCUUUAAAGAAGCAGUUCCUCAGUUUGAGCUUAAGGUGGAGCUGUGGAGCUGUGCACUAGAGGAAGAGCUCAUGUUGGUAAAAACACCAAAGAAACUGGCAAAGAAGCUGCGGAACUCCUUUGGAAAAACUGCUGGGAAGAAGCUCUGCCCUCUGCUGAACACUCCAGACCCUGACACCUUCCUGCAGCAAAACCCAAUACCCUCUGGAGCCAGAUACAACCUCCUGGCGUACACAACACUGUGUCUGCCUGAGGCUGAAGGCAGCUUUCAGUCCCACUCCCUCAUUGUCCUCCAAAACGCUGACUGGUCAUCUUGGCUUCCACUUUAUGGCAACCUCUGCUGCCGGUUGGUGGCCCAGCCUGCUUGCAUGACACAAAGCAUGAUGAGCGGCUACCUGAGCCAGAAGCAAACUGUGGAGGGACUGAAACACUGCUGCAGGCUUUACUGUGUCUUGAGUGCUGGAUUUCUGUCAUGCUACUUCACCCCAGAAGAAAUUGAUGCUAAAGUGCAACCUACUCUUAUAAUACCCAUCAACAAGGAAACUCGGAUUCGUGUAAUGGAGAAGGAAUCAGCAGGGCAGAGAUCCAGGGAUCUGUACAUGAACAACCCAUCUCUAGAGGGAUCUCAGACCAUCAUCUUCACCACAGAUACAGAGGAGGAGCUGGAGGAGUGGCUGGAGGCCCUUUACCAGCAUCUCUAUGAUCAGGGCCAGUGGCUGCAUUGCUGCAACCAGCUAAUGAAGAUCGAGGUCGUAUCACCACGGAAACCAUCACUCUUCCUCACUAAGCAGGCAGACUCUGUUUACAACGACCUCAGUAUAAAUUCUCCAGGCAAGUUUGAGGGUAUUACAGAUAUUAUCCACAAGAAGAUAGAGGAGACAGAUGGCCAUUUUCUGAUUGGUCAUGAAGAGAAGGAGGUGGCUAAUUGGUCCACUCUGUUUGAUGGCUCCCAUUCAAUUAUAGUGCAGAAGAGUGUUCUGUCCCAGAGCAGAACCUCCACCCCAUGUGCAAGUCCCAACUCCAACACCUGUUCUACAUCCAGCAGCAACAAGAAACGGCGUGCCCCACCCCCUCCUCCUAACCAAGAGCCCUAUGUGCCAUCCACUUGCCCGACCAAGCCUCCCCUUCCUACUCCUCUUCGUCCUCCUCCUCCUCUUCCAUACCAGGAGAAGGAGAACUCCGGCAUUUGCACUUCACGUCCGACCACAAGAUCCAAAACCGGCAGGCCCUCUUUGGAUGCCAAGUUUUCUGCCAUCAUCCAGCAGCUCCAACGUAACAGUGCUGGAGGAGCUGGAGCCCUCAGUCGGAAAAAUGCUCCUCUUCAGUCUCAGCCCCCUGUCCAGCAGCUCGAGGACCCCAACCACCAUGCCCACACCUCUGAAACCACAGCUGACAGUGGCUUUGUCAGACCCAGUUAUGGCCUUGGUCCAGUUCCUGCACCAAGGAGCAAACUGAGGAAGUCUUUCCGAGAGCGGAUGAACCUUAAAGCCUUGUGACCUCAACCUUCUGUCAUAUUCAGGUUUGAACAUUUCGCCCUACUAUACCACUAAUACAAAUAACUGCGGUUAAAAGUACAACAGAGCUGAGUAACUGUUAAAAUCACUGUGGAUUUAUCACCACAGUGAAUUUGACUGUAUCUCAGCAGCAAUACUGUGGUAAUAUUUUCUUAAUACGUUUUUUUGUGAUCUAACUUGUUUAUUAGUAAGCAAUAGGCCGAUGGUCUCACCUCUGAGAGAGCUUUACUUGCCAUCUCUUACCCCUACUUCAUAUUGAGUGGUUCUUCCUUAUAGGUGAUGCCAAUCAUCUUAUUCUCAAAAAGUAAGCUUAUUUCACACACUCCUUUACCCUAAAAAAAGGAUGGUAUGGCAUAGUGAAACAGAUAAGUUAACCAUCUCCAUCAUGACAAAGCAAAACAGAAUUGACACAUUUAUAUCACAAGAUCAAUAUUUUGAAUUCAUCUUUGUAGCUGCUCCUUUCAUUUAUAAACUUUUCACGCACAGAUAACCAAUAGAUGGAAUGUGGAGCAUGUUGGCUUAAGAUCUGCCAUCAUCUAUCUAACUAAUAUGGAAAUGUUUAUUUCUCAGCUCUGUGGCUGGAACAUGCACUGAAGAAAACACAUUUGCAAAAGCACUCAAAUUGGAACUGAUCCACUGACCCACUGUGGAGGAGUCAUUGCUUUUGGAACUUAUUCCAUUUACAGUGAAUACUUUAUGACCACUAAAGAUAAUCUUAGGGAGAAGGGUUUUAGGAGCAGUUUUAGGCAGUGAUGUGAUUUCCUAGAUGUCUUAAUAAUGGAGUGGCCUUACUUUUCCGUGGCUACACUCCAUAGCGCUGCAGCUCAUAAAUGCUGUGAAUAUAAUUGGAUGAAUGAGUCUUUUGAGUGGUGAAAACAAUGAAUAGCCUUGUGUUUGUGUUUUGAACACACCCAGUACUGUUAAGCGCCAAACAUUUUAGAGCAUUCAGUGAAUUACACAGUUUCCAAAACAUCACAUUUGAAAACAUUAGCUGAAAUAUUUGGAUGAAACCCUGUUAUAAAAGCUGCAGUCACAUUUUGUUUUUCAUUUCCCUCUAAGGAAGGUGGAGGGUGCAGAUGUGGGAGGAGGAGGAUUUAGUUUGGGACCGAACAAGAGAAUGUCACUGAGUGCUGCCACUGUGUAUAGUUCAGUGUUGAGAGGCUUUUUUUCAUAUAAUGUGCACUCAAACUAAGUGAUUAUAACUAACAACAACAGGCGUCUAAGCAUGCUAACAAUAAAGAACAUUAAAUAGCUUACUGUAAUAUUUAGGUUCAUUAUUUUGGAGAUAAUUUUAAUGAACUUUGAAUAAGUUGCUUGUGGAUGUUAAGCCUGAGGUGAUCUAAGGGUGCACAUCCACUCAGUAGUCUCUUUGAUCAAAGCCAAACUAAUGCAACAAAUUUAAUUAUUGACUUUAUACUGUCCUUUUUAUUUCCCUCUUCCACAUGAAAGCAGAAUAUUGUGGCUCUAUAUGUUUAAUUAUAUUAUAUAUUAAAUGCUCUUCAUACUUAAGUUCUUUCAUCUCAAUUUUAAGAAAAAAAUAAGUAGACUUCAAGAGGCUGUUGUUAAUUACUAUGACCAUAGGUGGUAAUGCUUCGUAGUAAUCUUGGCACUUGUUUAAUUUGUAGUGUACUGAUAAAAGUGUAUCGUGUCCUGUUUUUAUUCUGUUCCCUUCCUGCUCCCUAUUCACGGUGUGUUGGAAGCAAACUAUUUUUUAUUGCUGAUCUGCAAUAAAAUGACCUACAUUCUA